AUGAUCAUAAAAUCAUCAGCACAUUCCACGGGUAACCCUUAUGUUCUAAACGGCUGUAAAGAUAUUGACGAGUGUAAGGAGCUUGCAAAUGGACGUCCUAAUAUUUGUACCGACGGUGGAACUUGCCAAAAUAGUCCCGAAAGCUAUCGAUGCGACUUGCGAGAUCAGAAAGAGUCAGACGAUCCUCAUUUGUGUAGAACCACCAUCGGCGUCUUGAUCGUCUUGCUUGUUAUCGUUAGCUGUAUAAAACAGAAAAUUAAGCACCGUAAAGACAUUGAGCUCCGACAAAUAUUCUUCGAGCAAAAUGGCGGUGGCAUGUUGAUACAUCGACUCUCAGGAUCAGGGCCAUCAAAUGUUGAUGUUAAAAUAUUUACUGAGGAAGCCAUGAAGGAAGCAACUAAUAGUUAUGAUGAGAGCAGGAUAUUGGGCCAGGGAGGCCAGGGAAAAGUGUACAAAGGGAUACUGUCGGAUAAUUUCAUAGUUGCAAUAAAAAAAGCUCGACUAGGAGACAGUAGCCAAGUAGAGCACUUCAUCAACGAAGUGCUCAUACUCUCUCAAAUUAAUCACAUGAACGUAAUCAAGAUUUUGGGCUGCUGUCUGGAGAUCGAGCUUUUUUUAUUGCAACUAGCAUUAGGAUCUUUAGUUAUUAGGCAUAGUUAG